AUGUCGGAUGCACCAAUAUCUCAACAACUUAUCGAAGGAACAAUCAUCGCUAAUCGCUUCAAGAUUUUGCAAAAACUCGGAGCCGGAGCAUGUGGAAGUGUAUUCAAGGUGGAAGAAGAGCAGGCUGGAAAAUCAGCUCUUGCUCCACCGAAACUACACUGCUCCACAAAAGUAUAGCCUCACCCUCAAAAUUUUCAAAAAAUCGAAAAAAUUAAAGUUUUCAGAAAAUGUUUGUUUUUGAAAAAUAUGGGCAAAUGGGACACUAAUUUAUCCCAGAAAUCAAAUUUUGAGUUGAUAAGCCACGAAAAGAAUUUUUUGAAUUUUUCAAAAAAUUGAAAAUUUCCAAUCCACAAAAGUAUAGCCUCACUUCAGAAAAUCGCUCUGGAAAUCGAUUUUUGGGUUAGAUAACUUCAGUUAUUGUUAAGAAAUGGUUAGAAUAACUCAUUUUAAGUUGAUUCCAACAAUUUCUGAUCCAUUUCAUUGAUUGUCAUUGACUUUAUCGGGUGUAGCGUGAUGACUUCCAACUCCAACCAAAUUUUUUUGUAAAAAAAAUUUUUUGUCAUUUUUUUUGGACCAAAGCUCAGGAAUUGGUCUGAAAAUGGUAAAACUUCACUUUUUCAUGAUAAAAACCAAAUUUUGUUCGAAAAUUCGGAGUUUAGACAAGAAAAAUAACAAUUUGUAGGUAAAGUACUCUCAUGAAAUUGGGGUUUUCAUUGGAUUUUCAGACUUUUCAGCAUAAAAAUGUUCUGGAACCGUGAGAAAAGCAAGAACCAAGUUUUUCAAAGCCUUUUGAAACUUCUUCUGACAAAAAAAACAACCUGUUGGUGGAUUAAAGCCUUGAGAGGUUUAGAAGUUUAUUUUGAAAAAUUUGGAAUUUAACAAAAUUUGGUUUUCAUUAUGGAAAUCGUUAAUACUGGAUCAAUAUCAAUCUUAGCGAUCUCUUUCAACGCUUUUAAGUGGAUAAAAAGUGAAAAAUGAAUUGAAGAACCGUUUUAAACCUUUUCAAACAAAAAGUUCUGAGAUUCAUGAAAGUUGGAGAAUUUACAACUUGAUUAGAUUCCUAAAGCAGUAAUAUCGUAAUUGAACAUUGUUUAAAUUAAUGAACACUUGAAAUAAUCUUACUCUCUGAGCAGUAUUCUCACGGUUCCAGAACAUUUUUAUGCUGAAAAGUCUGAAAAUCCAAUGAAAACCCCAAUUUCAUGAGAGUACUUUACCUACAAAUUGUUAUUUUUCUUGUCUAAACUCCGAAUUUUCGAACAAAAUUUGGUUUUUAUCAUGAAAAAGUGAAGUUUUACCAUUUUCAGACCAAUUCCUGAGCUUUGGUCCAAAAAAAAAUGACAAAAAAUUUUUUUUACAAAAAAAUUUGGUUGGAGUUGGAAGUCAUCACGCUACACCCGAUAAAGUCAAUGACAAUCAAUGAAAUGGAUCAGAAAUUGUUGGAAUCAACUUAAAAUGAGUUAUUCUAACCAUUUCUUAACAAUAACUGAAGUUAUCUAACCCAAAAAUCGAUUUCCAGAGCGAUUUUCUGAAGUGAGGCUAUACUUUUGUGGAUUGGAAAUUUUCAAUUUUUUGAAAAAUUCAAAAAAUUCUUUUCGUGGCUUAUCAACUCAAAAUUUGAUUUCUGGGAUAAAUUAGUGUCCCAUUUGCCCAUAUUUUUCAAAAACAAACAUUUUCUGAAAACUUUAAUUUUUUCGAUUUUUUGAAAAUUUUGAGGGUGAGGCUAUACUUUUGUGGAGCAGUGUAUACGCAUUGAAAGUUGAAUACAAUGAUCCAACAGGACAAAAUGAGAGUAUUCUGAAGAUGGAAGUGCAGAUUUUGGAGAAAUUGAGCAAGAAGAAACGAGUUCUCAAAUUGAUAUACAGUGCCAAAAGACCAGAAUUCAGCUAUAUGGUUAUGACACUUCUUGGUGAAAGUUUGGGUGGUUUGGUGGAGAAGUUUGGGCCAAUUUUUAAUGUUUCAACUCAACUUCGAAUUGGAAUUAUGUUGCUUCAUGGGGUGAAGCAGAUACAUGAUGUGAGUUUUUCCGCGCAGAAAACUGACCUUUUUUAGGUCGCCAAAAAACAUUUUGACUACGGUUUUAAAGGCGCUCAAGAAAGAAAUGUUUGUGCGCUUCAAGACCCAUCAAUUUUCCUUGUGCGUCUUGAUUGCGUAUACGGUUUAUUGAUUUUUUUCGAGUUUUCCGAAAGUUUCCGCGCGGCUCCAUAAUCUUCCGCUUCUACAACUAAGCUAAUCAAUUAAUUAAUUAAGAUUGGAUAUAUUCACCGGGACUUGAAACCAGCAAAUGUGGCACUUGGAUAUGUGAGUUUAUUUAAUAAAAAAAAACAAGAUUUUCGAGCCAAAAAUCAAUUUUUCAGCCAGGAUCGGAAGAUGAACGUAUGAUGCUGAUCUUGGAUUUUGGUUUGGCUCGAGAAUUCAUCACAAAAAUGGAUGGCGGAAAAGUGGGAUUCCGUCGGCCAAGAGAUCGUGCAUAUUUUCGAGGAACUUCGAGAUAUUGCUCAAUCGCAAUGCAUGAAAGAACCGAACAAGGUCGAGUUGAUGAUCUAUGGGGUUUGUGCUAUAUUCUAGCUGAACUUCGCGCAAAACUUCCAUGGUCCGAAAUUUAUGAGAAGGAUGAUAUUGCGAUGGUUAAGAAGGAGGCUUUGGAUGAAAAGGUUUUCUCAAAUUCGCCUGUUCAAUUGCUUGAUUUUGUCAAGGAGGUUCGACGUCUCAAUUAUUAUGAUCAUCCGAAUUAUGAGAAGCUUUUCAAGAUUUUGAGUGAUUCGAUGAAAGAGGCUGGCUAUCGAUGGAAAGAUCCGUAUCAUUGGGAGAUUUCGAAGAAUAAGAAGCGGAGCGAUCCAAAAACGAAAUCGAAGAAUAAAUUCGUAUCGAUGUCCGAGAAAUUGAUCAGAAGUCGGAAAUCGAAAAGUGCGGCGCCAAAGAAACCCAAGGAAUCGUCGUCGGAAAAAGCUGGCAAGACUAAAGGUGAGCAUUAAGAAAAUUUAGAAAGUAAUCGGAAAAUUAAAAAAAAAUAAUUUUCAGCAUUGUCAGUCAAAAAUGCUCCAACUCCUGAUCCAUUGGCUGAUGUUCCAUUCUUCACCAACGAGGAUUUUUCCAGCAAUCCGAUCGGAUUUUGA